AUGCGGGUCGUCUCGCUGCUGCUCGCGCUCGCAGCCCCCGCUGCGGGCUUCAGCGCACUCGCUGGUGUCCGGCCUCAGCGCCUGCCGCCGCCCCGCAGCCCACGCCGCGCCGCCGCGCCGCACGCGUCGGCGGCGGCGGUCCUCGCAGCCCCAGCGACAGCGCUCGCGUCGAGGCCGCUCGCCAUUGGUGCUGCUGCAACGGCGCUGGUCGCUACGAUCUUCGCGUGGGUGCUGCGGGUGUUCAAUACGCCCUCGCGCUCCUACCGCGACGGCGAGCGCGAGGCGGGCGGAAUAAACUCCGUCGGAGAGGAGUACGAUGCGUGGACGUCGGAGGGCAUCCUCGAGUACUACUGGGGCGAGCACAUCCACCUGGGCUACUACGAGGAGGGGCAGCGUAAGGCGCCCCUGUACGGCGGCAAGGACUUUGCGCCGAGCAAGGUGCUCGACGUCGGCUGCGGGAUCGGCGGCACUAGCCGCUACAUCGCCAAGAAGUUCCCCUCGGCCGACGUGACUGGCAUCACCAUCUCGCCAGAGCAGCGAAAUGAUGCAUGCAUCACAAUCUCGCCUGAGCAGCGCCGCCGCGCAGAACAGCUCGCGACGGAGCGAGGCAUCGGCAACGCGAAGUUCGAGCUGGUGGACGCGCUCAACAUGACCUUCGCCGACAACUCGUUCGACCUCGUGUGGGCCUGCGAGUCGGGCGAGCACAUGCCGGACAAGGAGCGGUACGUGCAAGAGAUGAGCCGCGUCCUCAAGCCGGGCGGCAGGAUCGUCAUAGCCACGUGCGCCAAGGAGCGCGCGACCCUCGACUACUUGUACGGCGAGUGGUCGCACCCGUACUUCAUCUCGAUUGAGGAGUACGGCCGCAUCAUGGAGAGGACCGGCGAGAUUAGACGAGAUGCUCCGAGAGGACCCGAGAGGACCCGGGAGAGCGUGCUCGACCAGGUCGUCACCGACGACUGGGCGAAGCAGACCAUCCCCGCGUGGCGCGCCGGCCCUGCCCCCGGAGCGCGCCACUCCAUCUGGGCGGGGGUGUGGGACCCGUGGCCUGUCUUCCGGCGGCCUCGCCUGUGGUACAAGGUGCUCCGCGAUUCGUGGUGCCUCGAGGUCAUGCACCGCGCCUUCACCAACGGGCUGAUGCGGUACGGCAUGAUGACCGCCACCAAGAAGGCGGCCGCGUGA